UGUUCGUGAGUCGAUGUAUAAAUAAAGCUGAGAGAAACAAGAUUUGCACCAUUAUUUUCAGUUUAUUUAUUAUCAUCAUCAGUAGUUAUGACAAAUAUUCUUUUGCCUAUUGACUCGAAAUUUGUUCAGCAUUGUCUAUUACUUCUCCACUGACCGAUCUUACACAUAUAAGUGAAUGGGUGCGUGUAUGUGACGAUCAUCUAAAUAGUAUUUGGAAUAAUCCAAACACAAGGACAUCAUCUGAGCUAUGUGGUAGAAUUGAUCAUUUACUAUCAUUCACUACACCUCAAUGUGGCGAAUUAGAAACACUACACAUCGUUAAUCAAUGGUUAGCGGCAAAUCUGAAAGAUCUACUUCGAGUGGUCAUGACGGAAGAGCAAGAACACGAACGUCAGCGGCACCCACUUGGAUUGGCUCGUAUCGUCUUGCUAUCGUCUAAACGAUUUACGUGUCGAAUUCAUUCUCGGAAAACGAGUGGAGAAUUCAAAGAAGACAUUCAUAAUCAUAAGUGUCAUUUUUCAGCAGUGAUGCUCAAAGGUGGCUACACCCACGAGAUCUAUCAUGUGGAGUUUGACGAUGACAAUCUUCGUCAGUUUAAUUCGGUUGCUGUAAACGAUAUGAAGAAUAACAGUGCAUCAACAUACCCAUGUUACCGAUUCAAGAAAACUGGACAAAUGUAUGAACAAGAAAAUAUUGGCACGGCACAGGCCACAAAGAUACAAACUUCCAACCUGGACAACGACGAUAAGUACAACUACUCGUACGCUUUACCGUCUCACUUGUAUCAUUGCCUUACGGCUUUAUCACCAAGUUUGAUAACAUUAACAGUUCGUGGAACUCCGACAAAUGAAAACGGCUGCUUGUUCUUGCGAGAUACACCUGUUAACAUUGUCAAAGAAGCAGAAGCUACUACGAUGAAAAUGGAACAGUUGGCUCAACAUGAAACUGACUCGAUAUUGGCAGAAAUCCUCUCAAUUUUGCCGUGA